GACCUAAUGCGUGGCCAGAACUCACCGAGAAUAGCGGGUAACGCCGUCCGUCGAUUCCGCGGGCUUUUCGGAGCUCGCGGAGAGCCUCCCGCCUUCUCUCCAACUCCCCGCCGCCUUCUGCUCCUUUCCGCCGCCUUAUUCGGCCUCUUUACGCUCGUGCGCUUUCCCCCCCAUUCCGGGCUUGACAUCCGGCUCCGCUAUCGUGCUACUAACAAGCGGAGCUCCUCCCCCCCUCAUUAUUCGCGGGACUUCCAAAGGCACGCACAAGAAACGCCAUGGCUGGAGGCGGAGGCGGAACCAUUUGCGGAAAGGCUGCACAGAUCCGCGGGUUAUGCGGUGAAUCCCGCAAAAGCGCAAGGCUUUCCAAGCGAAGGCGGUAGCCGGAAAAGGCGGCGGCAUUUUCGGCGUGAUUUGCUCUUUGUGGAGUGGCGUGCGCGCGUUGAUGCGCUUUCCGCGGAGCGGGCGGAGAAAGGGCCGUGGUGGGCGGGGGGGGAGUGGAAAUGGGCGGAAGAAGGGGAGGCGGAGGAGAGGGGGGAGGAGUGGAGAAUGGAGGAGAAGCAAUGGGGGAGAGAGGAGAGAGAAGGGAAGCUACAGGGCGAUGGGUCUGGAGGGAGUGAGUGGGAGAGUGAGGGAGAGAGUGAGGGGUGGAGUGAGGCCCCAUCGCUGUCACCAGGAGAAAGUGAUGGAGUUGGUGAUGAUGAGUCAGCAGGUGAUAUUGCUGAGUCAGCAGAUUACAGUGCUCCAGAGGAUUCGGGUAGUGACGGGAGGCUCGUUGUGGGAGAGGGAGCGGAGGGAUAUGGGGAGGAGGGCGAAGGGGAAGAGGAGGAGGAAGAGGAGGAGGAAGAGGAGGGUUAUGAGGAGGGGGAAGACGAGGACGAGGAGGAUGAGGAAGAUGCAGGGGAGGAAGAAGAGGAGGAGGAGGAGAAGGAGGAGGAGGAGGCGGGGAAUGAGGAGGAGGGGGAGGGUGGGGAUGCAGCAGCGGAGGGUGAGGAGGGAGGGGAGGGGGAGUGGGCAGGAGGGAACCCAUUUGAGGGUGGGUAUGGGGAAAGGGGGGAGGCGGAGCCACAAGGUUCACUCGCCACGUCAGCAGGAUUCGAGCCGUCAUCAGUGGCAGCGUCGUUCCCUCUGGCCAAUCCCAGCCGUCCAUUCACCAAUUCAGCCAGCGCACGCGCCAGUAUGGGGCCUGAAUCCGGGGCAAAUGCGUCGACUGCUGCUGAGGGGAUCUCGGUCCUUGAUCCACAAGAGGAGGCUCUUUCUGCCGCUCCUGCAGCCGCAGUUGUCUCUGGCGCGUCUGAGGCAGCAGGUGCGUCUGAGACAGCAGGUGCGUCUGAGGCAGCAGGUGCGUCUGAGGCAGCAGGUGCGUCUGAGGCAGCAGGUGCGUCUGAGGCAGCAGGUGCAGCGGACCUGUUUUCGAGUUGGAGCAUGGCGCUUCAGCGCGAGGCGUGGGAGGAGCAGGCGGAGAACGCGGAGGCGGGCGAGCGGUUGAGGGACGACCAGCGCACGGACCUGCACUGGCUUCUCGCGCCUCAGCGGGCUGGGUGGGGGAGAGACGAUGACGGGAGGCACGCACUGACACGGACACGAGCGGCUGUGCGCAUGGGCGUGGGCGUGGGCAUGGGCAUGGGGAUGGGGAUGGGGGGGAAGGAGGGUUUGGAGAGUAGAGGGGUAGUGGAGAGAGGAGAGAGAGCGGGGAGAGGAGAGGGAGCGGAGGCUAUGGGCAGAUCUAAGGAGAGCGGCAGGGCGGGAGAGGACAUGGAAGAGCAGCGUUUUUAUACUGGGCCUGCUUAUAAUGAGGAAUUUGGUGAUGCGCCUAGUCCAGAUGUGGCUAUUUAUGAUGGUGGUGCUACAGUGUGGGGUGAUGGGACUGAGCGUGCUACUGAGGCGGUCAGUAUCGAGGAUGGUGGUGGUGGCUAUGGUAGAGGGAAGAAGAGAGGGGGGGGAGACGAGCAGAUGGAGACGGAGGAAGGAGGAGAGGGGGUGGGGACUUUUGAGUCCAGUCCGAAGUCAGGAGGAGAGGAGACGGUGGUGGAGGCGAGGCGAACGGGCAGAGUGCAGGAGAUGAAGGUGAACCCGAGGUGGGGGGCAGGGACGAGGAGGGCGACAGACGGGCGGGACCCGCCUGCACGCGGUAAGAGGGGGCUCGGGAGGAGAAAGAGGCGAGGUGCAGAGGAGUGGAGAGGGGUGGGGCAGGACGGGAGGAAGAUGAAGCGGAGAGGGUGGGGGGGGCAGAAGGGGACGAGAGGGAGGGAGGAGGGUAGAGAAGGGGAAAGGGGCAGAAAGGGGCGGCUGCUGAGAAGCCUCGAGGAGGCGGGGAGUGGUGAGGGGAGGGUGGAGGCGGGAGGUAAGGGGGGAGGGGAUGGAGAGGAGGGACGGGAAGUGCGGGUAAGUCAAGGCAGUAAAAGCGAAGAGGGAGUGAGUGGGGGAGCAGCGGGAGUGGGGGAAAGAGCAGAGGAAGUGAGUGAGAAAGCAGGAGAAGUGAGCGAGGAGGAGUUGAGGAGAAAAGUAGGUCUGCACGUGUGGCCCAUGCUGUCGCACAUAGCAGCAGCGGGGCGGGGAGAGGCCGCUGUGAGCCCCUUGCUCCAACUGAGGCUCGUGCUGGCAGGGAGGGGGGAGGGCGGAACUGAGGGGGGGGACAGCGAGGAGGGGGAUAGACCACCUCCAGGCCAGUCAUCCCAUGGGCCAGCCCAUGCGCUGCUGUCUGCUGCCUUCCACCGCUUCCUUGCCACUGCUUUCGCUCGUGACCGCGCCUGGCUGGCGCUGAGGGGCGCCCAUGGGGAAGGGGAGAAUGGGGCACUGCACAUUGCCGCGAGGUCUCUCCGUGGGGGGGAGCUGAGACCGUUCAGUGAGGGUGGCGAAACGUCGUUUGAUUCACCGGGCUCACCAGUACUUGCCAGGUGUCGCGAGGUGAUUGGGCGGGUGGGCCGUGGGCCUGUCUCCUGGUGGGUGAGGCAGGUGGUGCUGGCCACGUGGCAGCACUGGAUUGGCCUGCAGGAGAGUCUGCAGAGGGGUUUGCAAGGGGAAACCAGCGUUGACGACGUCAGUGGGAGCAAUGCGAGUAGCUUAAGCAAUGGCAGCAGCAGCGGCGCUAGACAUGGCAGUGAGAGCAGGGCAGGGCGGAGCAGCAGUGGGAGCGAAGCAGAUGCGGCUGUGGGCGUGCUCGACGCUCUUCUCAUCGUGGUCGCUCGGCCACAGGAAGAGUUGGAAGUGGAUGGGGACGAGAGCUAUGCGCUCGCAGUGGGGGGAGUUGCGGGCCACCUGGCGCUAGACAUGCGCAGGGAUUCGUCUGCGACAAUUGAAAUUCACGCCAACACCACCACUGGCGCCCUCAGAGCCCUGGAGACCUUGAGCCAGCUGUGCCGCUUUGACCCCGCCUCUCGCCUGGUGCUGCUGCGUGGCGUUCCUCUGCUCAUUCACGACCAGCCGCGAUUCCCACACCGAGGGGUGCUGCUGGACACCGCAAGGCACUUCCAUCCCGUACCAUUUAUAGAGCGACUCCUUGACUCGAUGUCGUACGCCAAGCUCAACGUGCUCCACUGGCACCUGGUCGACUCGCAGUCCUUCCCCAUCGAAACGCCCUCCUUCCCUCGCCUCUGGAAGGCUGCUUUCUCCAAGCGCGAGCGAUACACUCUAAGCGACAUGAGGCACCUAGUGGGCUAUGCAGCAGCACGUGGCAUUGUGGUCAUUCCUGAAAUCGACCUUCCCUCGCACUCCAGGGCGUGGGGUGUCGGCUACCCCUCUCUCCUGCCGGCCGUCAACUGCUCCGAGCCCCUCGAUGUGUCAAACGAGUUCACCUUUCGAGUUGUAGAGGGCGUGCUCAGAGACCUGCGGUCGGUCUUCAAGGGCUCUACGAUCCACAUUGGGGGGGAUGAAGUGAUUGAAGAUUGCUGGACUUCCGUGCCGCGUGUCUAUGAGUGGAGGAGGAGGAGGAGGAAGACAGUGAAGGCAGCCGUUGCUUAUUUUGUGAACCGGGUGCAGGACAUAGCUAAGCAAGCUGGGUGGAAGACAACAAUAGUCUGGGAAGAGUCGUUCGUUGGCUUCAGGAGGAAGCUGCAUCCGGCAAACACCAUCGUUCAGAGCUGGCUGCAAACAGAGCGCCUGCCCAACAUAGCAGCGUGGGGCUUCCGGAUCCUUCACACCACAGCGGGGGGAGGGUGGUACCUGGACUCGUUACAGGCCCGCUGGGAGCAUGCUUAUAGGGAGGAUCCCACUGACCUGGUGUUGCAGGUGGAAAGAGAGAGGAUGGAGAGCGAGGAGGGGGAUGGAGAUAUGGGGAGACGGGAUAUGGGGAGAGGGUAUAUGGGGAAAGGGGAUAUGGUGGGAGAGAGGGGUGAAAGUGGGAAGGGGAGAGGAGAGAAGAGGGGGGAAGAGAGGCUGGGACAGGGAGGGGAGCAGGAAGGGGAGAAAGGAAUCUACAGGGUAGGGGCAGAAUUGGGGGGGAGGCGAGCGGAGGGAUGGGAGGAGCAGUGGGUUGGGAAUGGAGGGCAGGGAGCAGCUGCAUCAGCAGAGAGUGGAGCGCGGGGGAUGGUUAACGAGGAGUGGAGUUGGGGAGGAGGAGCAGGGGGUGGAGAGGAAGUGAGGAGGCGAGGAGAGGAGAGGAGGGGAGGAGAGGGGAGGAAGAGGAGGUGGGAGGAGCUGGUGGAGUUAGCAGAGAGAGUGGUGGUGGGAGGGGAGGUGUGUGCCUGGAGUGAGAAAAUCGACCCGUCGCAACUCUUGGCUACAGUGUGGCCCCGUGCUGCUGCCAUGGCAGAGCGCCUCUGGAGUCCCAAAGCGUACGUGGAUAGCAUGAAGGAUGGUCCUCGUUAUCGAAUGCACAUGUUUCGCUGCCUGCUCGUUCAACGAGGCAUUCCUGCUGCUCCUGUAGACAACCCAUUUGCACGGUCCCAUCCUGGUUUUCCUGGUAGCUGCUACAAGCAAUAAAGUUUAUUUUUGGAGCAAUAUCCAAGGGAUUGUAUGGUCACAUAAGUUCUACAAGCGCCAUACCAUUUUUAAG